AUGGCUUGCCGACCGCGGCUCCUGUGCCAGCUCUCGCGCCGCCUCUUCUCGACGGCCGCGGCGGCCGACCCCUCGCACAAGACGCAAAUCUACCUGUCGCGCUCCGCCGACCCGCUGCUGAACCUCUCGGUCGAGCACCACCUGCUGCGGACGGUGCCGGCCGACGCGACCGUGCUCAUGCUCUACGCCAACGCGCCGUGCGUCGUCGUCGGGCGCAACCAGAACCCGUGGAUCGAGACGGACCUGGCGCGCCUCGCCGGCGGUGGCGUGCAGCUCGUGCGGCGGCGCUCCGGCGGCGGCACCGUCUUCCACGAUCCAGGCAACGUCAACUUCAGCGUCAUUGGUCCGUCGGCCGCGUUUGACCGGGACCGGCACGCGGACAUGGUGGUGCGCGCGCUGCGCCGCCUCGGGCGGCCGACCGCGCGCGUCAACGCGCGCCACGACAUCGUCGUCGACGAACCCGGUGCCACCUUCAAGGUCUCGGGCUCCGCGUACAAGCUCACCCGGCUGCGGUCGCUGCACCACGGCACCUGCCUGCUGCGCAGCCCGCACCUCGACGCCAUUUCGGGGCUGCUGCGCGCGCCGGCCGCGCCGUUUGUGCGCGCCCGCGGCGUGGAGAGCGUGCGCAGCCCCGUGCGCAACCUCGACCUCGACGCCGACGCGUUCCGCGACGCCGUCGUCCGCGAGUUCGAGGCCAUGUACGGGCCGCCCGACGUGCGCGCCGUCGUCGAGGACGGCCCCGCGCGCGCCGUGGAUCCCGUCCGCCGCGGCUAUGCCGAGAUGGCGUCCCGCGAGUGGCUGUACGGCCAGACGCCGCGGUUCACGCUGAGCACGCACCCGACGGAGCAGGACCCGCGGCCGCGGCCGAAACUCCCGUUUGAGGAACGCGUCUAUAUUGAGGCAAAGCAGGGCGUCAUCGAGCGCUUUCAGGUGGAAAACGGAAACGGCGCGCGCAGGGAUCUCUCUUCUUUGGUCGGCGUCACCAUGUACAACAUCAACGACUGGUCCGCGCAGCUUGCCGACGCAGGCAUCGCGAGCCACCAAGCACAGCCUAUCGGGAACUGGCUGAAUAGUAUUCUCGGGACUGCAUUCACAAGGCAAUGA